AACUUCACUAAAAUGGACUCUUCAAUAAUCAUAAGUGACCUUGAGCUUAGAGGGAUGUAUUGAACUUUAUAACACGAUUGUUUCGGUUUCAGUUUGUUUGUAGACGUAUUGAUAAGAGAAUAAACUUGUUACUCAUAUAGCACUUGAAGUCAGUUUCGACAACAUUCGAUAACACAUAACAUGGAGGAACAGUCUCUAGUGAAUUUAUACGAAUCCGUGAUGAGCAAAGAGUAUGAAGACUUGAACUGGGUGGAUAUUGUCUUGUCUAUGAACGAAAUACGUAAGGCUUACAGGAAAAUAGACAGCAGCGCUCCUAUAUCGACUAUCGACUACAAUUCUAACAGCUACCGCUUCGCGUAUAUAUACUUGUACGCCGUGUGUCAUACCGCUACCAUGCGAGAAAUGAUGAAGAUGCUGGAAUCUAACCAAAUGUCAACGUUCUUGCAGAUGAUGGCAUUUGGCAAGGAUCUAAAUGUGUGCUGCUUGGGUGGAGGGCCAGGCUGCGAAAUGAUCGGAUUUCUAUGCGGUUUAAAUAGGAGUUUAUGCUCUACGCUGUUUUCUGAUCAGCGAAACAUCAGUUUCACCGUAUUAGAUACCUGUUCCGGAUGGAGCAUUUCCCUGAAACACGUACUGGAAGCCUUUCUGAAAAGUGACCUGGGCCGGAAUUACACUUCCAAUUUCACUUGCAACUUCGAGCAGGCAAAUCUAUGCUCCUUCUUGCAUGCGGAAGCGUUAUAUCCCAUAAUGAAUGCCAAUAUUAUUACUAUGGUUAAGUUCGUUUCUGUAGUGUCACACUGCUAUAAAAAUAACAGUUAUUACUUGCAGGUGAUACUGAAGCUAAUGAAACCGGGUUCGUUUCUAUUAUUUUUGGAUAACAGAACGGGUGGGUUCUUCGAGAUAGUUUCCGAAAUAGCAAGUGAAAAUAAUCUAGUGUUGCUGUAUCGAUGUAAUGCCGUAUACCAGCAUAACGGAGAUAUUCAAUUCCAAAAAUAUAUAUUUCAACCCGAUCCUUUAAGGAUAUCAAAAGUCACAUUUGCAGUCUGGAAAAAGAAGGAAAUGAAUACAUGCGUUUGCCUAUAAGUCACUUUUUUUUUUUAAUUUGAAAAUUUUAAUUUUAAAAAUUAAAAAGCUUGCCUGUAAUUGGAUAGCUUUAAAUAUAUAU